AUGCCGAUGAAGACUGGAGACGGAGAUUCGAGUGGUAUUCCAUCCAAUGUCCCGGCUUUUUUGGUGAAAUUGUGGAAGUUGGUUGAAGAUCCACAAUAUGAGGAGCACAUUUCGUGGAACAAGGUGAAUAAUCUUUCCUUUACUACAUUUGCUUCGCGACAAAUUACUUGGCUUAUUUACUACAGAUAUCUACCCGAUGUUUUUGAAAUGAGUACAUUAAAUCCUUUUUCUUCAAUAAUUGAAGCUCGAAAGGACGAUUUCGACCUUUCGACUUUUUUUUCCAUGUAGAAUGGGAGCGGAUUUCUGGUGCACGAUCAAGCCACGUUUGCACGCGAGAUACUUCCUAAGUAUUUUAAACACAACAACUUUGCAAGCUUCGUCCGCCAGCUGAAUAUGUGUAAGUACUAUCUGUUAAAAAUAAUUCAACGGGUUUGGACGAUUUUCCUGUCUUGGAAGUUUCGGUAUUCAGUGUUUGACAGUUUCGGCGCCCUUACCUUGCAAUCUAUUUCGAGUUACUACGUUUAUUCCUAUUAAGAAUCUUGUUAAAAACAUGCAGCGAGCUUUUAGAUUUCCUUGAAAUAGAAUAUGAGUUAUUACCUGUAUUCAAAAGAAUGUGUGUAAUGUGUAAAUUUUUACUCCUAUCAUUUUCCCCGUUUUUAUUAUGGCGUGGGCGAAGACGCGGAGUUAUGCUUAGCUUCACGAAGUUAAGCUUUCCGGUUUAUUUGAUUGAUAGCUUCUAACAGAGUUUGGUAGAUUACUGUGCCUACAUGUUUGUACUUUCUUAAAUAUUUCCGCUCUUGCUUAUGUAAAUCACAGCUGCAAAAGUAGAAUGUUUACAGGGAACAACAAUGCGUAAUAUUUGUAUGGUAGAGGACGUCGAUUUGAUCAUGUGAAUGUACAAUGUUUACCCUCAGUUAAAUUGAUAUACAAUAUAGAUCCAUCAAAACAGCUUUUUUUCAAAAUCGUUUCAGAUAGCUAUUUGUGGAUGCAAAGAUUUUUUCCAAAGAAUAUGUGAUAUGUAUUUUUCUGUUCAGUCUGCAUAUAAGAACGUUUUUUCUUUUCUUUUCUUUUCUUCGAACAAAAGCAGAACCAAAGAAAUUUCUUGGGUCCAAAAUCCAUUCAUUUUCUCCAUGAUUGUACUUACAAUGUGUUGCAUUUUAUAACUGGGAGUGAAACCUAAAUGUAUAUGUAGACUAUGCUGUAAAAAAUUUUUUGCAGUUACCAGACUGCAAACAUUUUUGCAUGACUGUCUUUAGUAAUUUAUAAUGAUCUGAAUUCUUAAUACUUAAAUCAGCACAUGCACAGAGCCCACCUCCUGUCCCCUCUAAGGGCAUAUAGUUGAUUGUUAUUCUUAGCAAGAAUGAAUCUACCCAUAGGGUACAAGGCUGUUGUAAAGUCAAUCGGAACAAAUUUUGACACUCAUUAUAAGUGUUCCAGUUCGUCACCCAUCCUUGCUUUUAUGAGGAAAUCAGAUUUUACUCAAGUAUAAGGGGUCAAACUAGAUUGAUAGUUGCUAAGUGUAUAUUCAGCCAAAUCAUAAUUUGAAAGCAAGGUGGACUAUUUACUUCAAAUAGAUAAACUUAAUGGAGUUUGCGUGACAUUGACAUGGCUGCAGUACAUGGUACAUUGCGUAUCGAAAAUAGCCACACCUUACUAUAUGAUUAAUAGUUAUUCUUGUUUCACUUUUUUGUUUAGAUGGAUUCCGUAAAGUUAUUGGAGCUGAACAAGGGGGUCUGAGAUCUGAGAAAGAUGAAUGGGAAUUUUUCAAUGGAAAUUUCAACAAAUAUCAUCCUGAAUUACUUGAAAAUGUCAAAAGAAAGGUUUGUACAAACUUGAAGAAGUGGUUUGUUUUCUCAGUGGUAUUUUUUUAAAACUCGAUUUGCAUAAAUCCUAGAGAGCACAUUCAAGGUACUUGACUGAUAUUUGUGGAGGAUUCUAAACUGACUUGUUGCCUAAGGGUUUGAUUAAAUGAUAGAGCCAGUCACAACAUUUAAUCGAGUUGCAAGCAUUUAAGAAAAUCUAAAAUGAUUUUUUUUUUUGAGGGUCCUAAACACAUUCACUAUUUCCUGGUCAGUGGAUGUGACUUUUCCAAAAUAGGUCUCUAGAUCUUAGAUUGGUUGAAUAUUUUUUGAAUUUGCUUUCAGUCUGGAGCAAACAGACAGGUUUUAUUUUGGAUUAAACCUCAAAAUGUAGUUUUUCUUUUUGUAAAUUGUAGUGAAAUGAUGAGGGAAAACAUGGCUUCUUUAUUAUAAGGAAUUAUAGUGAGGCAAAGUUAAAGAAAUAUCACCUUAAACGGGGCGUGAAAUUAAUUUUUUUUUUUCUGAUAGCCACUUGGCUUAUAAAUUCUUCAAAGUGGUAGCCAAUUCAAAAAAAGUUGGGCGCCAUUUUCAAAGACAAACAAAACCUUUUUUUUAACACUGUCAUCAUUCUAGAAAUUAAGUUAGGGAAAAGAUCUUUAACAUGCUACAAAGUGGACACUAGGAUGGAUGAUAUGUAACAUCCAAGCUCACCAAAAUCCAAGAUGUUGUCUAGUUAUCAAUCGAGAUGCAUGUGUUGCGGUUUGGAAACAAACUUAACAGGGAAGUUUGCCACGGAUUUAUCUUUGCAAAUCUUUUUAAUUCACUAUAUCUCUAGGUAAGGUUAUGAUGAAGCAUUCUAGUCACCAAUUUGGCAACUAAUUUUCAGGAUUUGGUCGCCAAAGUGAAAAAUUUUGUCACAUUGGUGCCUGUAUUAGGCGCAAUUUCUUACCCUGUUAAAUUUUUCUUUUUCCUUCUUUUGCAAUAGGGAUCAAUGUAAAAUUCUUGUGAAAUUAGUUCUCAACAUCUCCGUACUAAAUAAUAAUAAAUGUCAAUACCUACAAAGAUAAUUUCUCCAUGAUACCCUCACCCAGUUAGAAGCCCUGUUAGAAGAUAACUACCUGGUAAGUUUGGUCUUUUUAUUCUGAAGGCAACACCUGAGGAAAAGAAAAUGAGGACUGAGGAUGUGUCUAAAGUGCUAAAUGAUGUUCAAGACAUGAAAGGAAGACAAGAUGAAAUGACAAUGAAACUUGAUCAGAUCAAGAGGUGACUAUCAAAUAAACCUUUUUCUUGUGGCAACAGGAGUUGAUUAUCAACACGGUACUAAUAAUUCUCUGGAAUAUGUUACUGCUGUUAACUUUUUACACCAAGGUGCCUAUCAAAAUGAUUACAAGUGUGGCUGCUUUAGAGAUAAGGAAUCUAUCUUCUCUAAGUUGUGUUACAAACAAGUACCAUGAUAGAGGCAAUAAAGCAAUGAUACAAAUGUUUCUUUCCCCUGUAUAUAGAGAAAAUGUCACGUUGUGGAAUGAGCUGGUAGACUUGCGACAAAAACAUCAAAGGCAACAACAGAUUGUAAACAAGGUGAGGAGAGGAACUGAAAAAUUAACCAAGAAUUGUUUAAAGGAGGGAGUUAGAGACACCAAGUCCUUCAUGUUGAUCAUGUUACCAAACACUGUAAGGACAAUGAGUAUGUGCCCUGGCCUUUGAGGGAAAGUGAUGUGGAAAUUGAAGUUUUCAAUUUAUUAAAAUUUUAUCAGUUUAUUUUAGUUUAUUACCUCUUCUGUUUAUAAGCCAUUGUGAUGUUUGAUAUCUAGGAAUUUAUAUUGCAGUUGUUCCAGUAUCUGAUGCGACUAAUGUAUCAAAAUGACAAGCUGACAAACCGCAAAAGGCAAGUAAUUUUUUCAGCUCCUUUGCUGUUUCAGUUAAUUUGCAUUUCCUCUUUUUCCACUAAGGUUGAAUUAUGGGUUGAAAGCUGUGCUUUCAUUUUCAAGUAUUGUCACACAUUAUAGAUACUUUUGAGACCCUCUCUUACUUGUGAAGCUAGUAUAUGAUGUGAACACCCAACUUCACAAUAGAUAAGCUGUAGAACUAAACACUUAGGAAUAGAAAGGUUUAAGAUUUUAAUUCUUUUGGGGAAAGCAAUUUUUUUUUGGCAGACAUUCUUGCAAUUUAAUAACAUCAAUCUUUCACCUGCUGCUUGCAGACUGAUGUUGCAAGACAGCACAGAAGAGCAGUCAUCAAAGAGAGGGAGAUAUGAGUACAGAGACACAUCAGGUCCCAGCAGUGGCCAGCCACCACCAAGUUAUUCUGCUCAGAGGGUGAGUUUUUGACGGAGAGGGCAAUCUUUUUUGAAGUUUUCAGAGUACCAGUUUGUCAAUCUUUCUGAUUCCAUAGAUUCCUGUGUGUCCAGGAGUAUGUAGUAUGUAUAUUUGUAACAGAAGAUAAUAUUUUUAAGGGGGCAGUUGAGAACUAUAGCUUAUUUGAAAAGUGUCUUGUAACGGGAACAAAUUCUUUUACUUGAUCAUCAAAAAAAUGUACAGGGGUCUCAGGUAAGUAGGCAGGUGCUAUUUAUUUUAAAUGUGGAAGGUUUGAUAAUGCUUAAGGAGUCCAGUGGCAUGUUUUGCCAAAAAAGUUUGAAAUUCUUCAUUCUCACAGAUCAGUUUUUUAGCAUUGUUUCUGUUGAUAUUUAUCAUACUUCAUAUAACCUUACAAUAUUAAAACAAAUUUGGGUGUUUAAUAUUGUAAUUAUUCUGAUAAAGUUCAUUUAAAGCCUCUAAAGAGGUUGUCAGCUAUUUACAAGCAGUAGGUCAAGUGAAUACCUAGCCAUGAUUGAAAAUCCAGCUAAACCCUUUAACUCCCAAGAUCUCAUCAGUAAUUCUCCUUACAGUCUGCUAUGUAGUUCUUGUGAUGUUAAUUUGAAGAAUUUGGUAUUGGAUCAACUAAUUAUCCCCUAAUUAAUAUUUUUCUUUAUUCUCAUCACUUCUCUGGUCAAUAUUGUACUGGUAUUGUAAGGAGAAAUUCUGUCUUGGUCACUCAUGGGAGUUAAAGGGCUAAGAAUCUUUUGUUAAGAUCAUCACAUAAAGAAAAAAAUGACAGAAAGUUAUCUUGACUGGAAGUUAUUAAAUUGAUUAUUAUCAUUGGUUUUUUUUUUUCUUUCAGCCAAGCACACAGACACUCACAAUAUCUGAUAUCUCAAACACAUCUUCUUCAAGCAUUCCUGGUAAGUUUAAAAUUCACUAUUGAUAAAUUUUGUUUUUAACAAAAAAACAAGCUCAGUAACUUGUUUUGUUAAUAUUAAAAAUGUUUUUUUUAACCAGCAUUGUUAUUAUUUACUUUCAUCUCUAAUCCAUUGUCUUUUUUCCAACCUUUUCAAGCCACUAGUGGGCCAUUGAUUACUGCUUUACCAGAUGAGGACAACAUUUCACAUGCCAGACCAGUUAUCAGAUUUCCAGAGGAAUCUGUACCGUCCUCACAGCCUAUUGUGUCAAGUCCUGUGUCAUCAUCAGGUAAUUAAAAGAAAAUAUCCCUCUAGUGUGAAGAACAUACACAAAGAAGCCCUCCUCAAAGUCAGAAAAUUGCUUUGGGGUUUGUCUUCUUUGGUUAAAUGUUUGGGAAAUUUGAAGAGGGUAGUGCUUGGGAGAAAGUUUAGGAAGGAGACCAGAAUCACACUUAAUUUGAUGCACCUAAUUAGGCAAUUUCCAAUCAUUUCUAAAAUGCAUCAUGAUUUCAUUGGUUUACUCUACUUUAUAUGUCCUCUAUGGUCUAAAACUAAGCCACUCUCUCAAUUGAUCAAAUGUAGCUCUUAUUCCAUCAACAACUUGGUCACAUGCAAUUUGGUUUACUUGUGUUUAGCAUAAGCUCUGGCUUUGUUUAAUUUGGUGUUGUUUUUACUUUGGUUUUGGUUUCACAAAUAAUGCACUUUUGGAACUAAAUGUUAGAGUUUUCAGCGUUAGAAAUUGACUGUCCUUCUUCGUUGAUCAUUACUAAUGAUUUAUCAGGAAAUCACUCUUGUUUAUGUACUUGUCAUGUUCCUUCAUUGAUCAUUACUAGUGAUUUAUCAGGAAAUCACUCCUGUGUAUGUAUUUGUCAUGUAGUUAACAAGGCUAAAUUUAGAGCAUUGUUUGAUUCAAAAUGAACAAUUUUAUUCGUAGUCUGAUUGAUUAUUGAUCAUUACUAGUGAUUUAACAGGAAAUUGCUCCCAUUCAUGCACUUAUCAUGUAGUUAAUAAGGCUAAGUUUAGAGCAUUUUUUUUAUUCAAUUUUUGUUUGUAGUUUGAAAGUUCAUGAGUCAUAUUGGUUUCAUUUUUCCUUUUAGCACCAACAUAUCCACAAGCCUCAGUGGUACAGCCGUGCUUUUCAACAGGCGUGGUCACUUUUCCUGAGGAGCAGAAUCAGACAACUGUUGUGCACCCAACUCAUGUCAUGGAACCUCCUCAAUCGUACGAUGAGCAUCACAAUAUAAAAAAUAAUCCUUUGAUGCGCAGAAUUUCUCAGGAAGAUAUCGGCCCAGACAGGUAGUGUAAUUUUGCAGAUCCACUGACAAGAUUUUUAUUAUUACAGUGUUUUCAAUACCGUAAUGAUAAAUAAUUGAAUCAAUGGCAAGGCAGAUCAGGAAGUUUUUGCCAAGCUUAGCAAAAGGUUGCUUUUCAUGUAUCUUAAUUUGGAUAGAGAAAGGUUCUGUGAUUAUUAGUUUACAUGUCAAUAUCCAAGAUGUUAAACAGAUCUCCUUCUCUCCUUUCGAGUUCACUAAAUCUCCUCCCAAAAAUUAAAUAGAUUUUUUUUCUCCUCAUGUGAGAGGUGAAUUCAAAUAAUUUACCUUCAAUCAAAAAUUGGAGUCUUCUUCCAUUUUCAGAUAUUUGUAUUUUGGUCAAUUCUUUGCAUCCAUUUUAGUGACUUCAGAUUUUGGGAAAGACCUAAGGUGGGAUGUGAUCUAAAAUCAAACAUCUCAGUAUUGCCCAUCUUUUAUUAGGGGAUAAGAUUUUGUGGAGUUGUUAAUGUCAGGUUGUUUAAUUUCUUUUUUUUUUUAAGUUGCUGCCAAAAACUGGUUAGGAGACAAAAUAGCACUCUUGUAUUAUGAACAUUUUGUCAUACAUUGCUGAUUUUAGCAGCCACAUCUUGGCAAUUUUAUCAUCAUUCUAUUUACUCAAUGCUGUUUAACUUCUUCCCCAUUAGCAUUAGCCCAGUUAAUAUAGAAAAAUGGCCCUGUGAGGAUGAUAUUGUAGAAAGGUAAUGUCACCGUAACUGUUGUAAUUAUUUAUCAUUUCUAUAAUGAAGAACGAUGAUAAAUGAUACAAUAAGUGACAUUUAAGGCAGACAGCUCCUCAAUUACGCUGUUACUUAAAGUGACACCAAUUGUGGCUUUGAGGAUUAGAGAAAAAUAAGAGGAUUAAUCCAAGCUGGAGACCUCUUUUCUGAAGAGAUAAUGUGGGGGGCUUUUUCAGGAAGAUAAUCAGUUCAGUGAGGUAUAAUCGUGUUCAAAGACUACGUUCAUGCAUUAUAGAGAAACUUUUAUCUAAUGCAAAAAAAUAUAGACUGUAGAUACGAAAAGCAUUCAGCCUUUAAUGAAUUUCAUGCUUUACCUGUAUACCAUAUCCUUUAUAGUCUAGAUUAAACCAAGUAAAAUGGUUAUAACCCUUUAACUCCUAUGAGUGACCAAUACAGAAUUUCUCCUUACGAUAUCAAUACAAUAUCAACCAGAAAAGUGAUGACAAUAAAGAAAAUAUCAAUUUGGGGAUAAUUAGUUGAUUCAAUACUAAAUUCUCUGAACUAACAUUGUAAGAAUUGUAUGGUUGACAGUAAGGAGAAUUACAAAUUUGAUCUGGGAGUUAAAGGGUUAAACCACUUUAAGUGCAAUUGCUUAAAGCUGGACAGUUAUAAGGAAAAAAAACCAAUCAAACUUUGAAUUGAGUACAUGGGAUGUUGGCAGAUGUCAUAAAAUAACCAAUCACAAUGCCCUUGUUUGAUUAUUUUUUGUCUUAUCUGGAUAGCAUCCUCUAGCUGACGAGUUUUUCUUUUCUCGUGACUUCGUUGAUAGAUGAUACAUUGAUAUUGUGUGAAGUUGCUUGUCGAUCAUUUUUGGAACUUCAAGGAUUAGUAAUUGUCACGUUGUAGACAGAGAACAAAAACAAAUUUAGUUGACUUUUCAAUAUAUACAAGCCUUUGAUCAAUGUGGAAAAUUCUACUUAUCCGUCUUCAUCCAUCACGGUAUACCCUUGCAGGGACAAAAUUCUGAUACCUUUAAACUUUAGAUCCAGAAAAUUUGCCUUCUGUCAACCAAAUGGUAUGUCUUUGUUUGCAGAAAUUUUAUAGGUGAACAAGUGGAUUACAAUUCACAGAUGCUUGAAAACAUUCAGUACCAGCUCUCUAAUCACCCCAUGAUCUUGGAUAAUAGCUUGUUUUAUGAUGUAUUUGGCCACGAUGGAGCGCCAGGAGCACCAGGGCAGGUACUGAAAGUCUAUCGAUAUUGUAGUUAAGAGUCAAAAAGUUUUCUGAAGCUCAGUGCAAGAGUUACGAGCCACAAGAUCCGAAGGGCAUGGGCCCCACCUCAAGGGUGUGAGGUGGGGGUGACUAGGGGACUACUAAAUGGCUCCCUCUUCGUGACUAGGCGACGAAAAAAUUUGAAAACAUCAGCUUUUAUUCAUAUUGAUGUUCGCCAAGUCGGUUAAUACAGGGCCAGUAAAAUGUUCGCGCAAUGUUAUUGUAUACUAUUUCUCACUUUUUUAACGUUUUUUGCUUGUAGGAUCCACUGGAUGCCUUGGCUGACCGAGCUGCAGCCAGCCCUCUUCCUGGAGUUGGGCAAAGCUCGUCUCAAGGUAAAAAACGCUUAUUUUUCAUCGGUUAUAUAGUUUUCCAGUUUUGGGAAAGAACAGGAAAUUGGAUUUGGCCUUAAAGUUUGCUUCUGUAAGCUUUAGUUUGUUUGAUUUUCAGUUCACCUUGGCGCUAACAAAACCUGUUUCUUUUCUCAGGGGGGCAUGAACUAGUGCAGUAUGGUGUGCAAGGGUCUGGGGCCAGCAGCACUUCUCAGCGUGGACAUCCUAGGCCAAGGGAUCACGAAGACCAGUACGUGCGAAGAGACUGGGGCCAAGGACAGCAAGCGCAACAACAGCCUGGACAUGACGUUCAGCAUUUCUUUAAUGGCUAAACUGUUCAGAUUAGUUCUAGAUUUUUAUUUGAUGAGGAUUGUAACAUUUGUCCUAGCAUUGUUUUAUACGCUUCAUUUCGUGCGGCAGUUCUCUCAAGUUCGUUUUAGUUAUGAGAUUUUGUCGUUUUUGAAGUUUUAAGAAAAUUGCUAAGUCAACGUCAUCCGUUACGAGCACGGAACCGUUCAGAGAAUUAGUCGUGCUGAUGUAAGUUAUAUUAACCAGUUAGAUGUAACAGUAAAGUGGAGACAGUGUUUGAUGGAAUGAGCAGCAGGAAAAGGCGCAGAGCCGAGCCACAAGCGCAGGAAAACGGCAGUCAAUGGCAAGUGCGGGAAAAUGGUGGCCGAUGGUAAGCGCGGGAAACGCUCGUCGGGCACUUGACGAUUGUUUUGGGUUUCACUCUUGAUUAACUGAGAAGAUUGUAUCUUCACUCUGAUUGGUCAGAUCAUAUCAUCUCAGACUCUCAGUAGAGGAACAAACAGCGAACACAAUCCUCUUUGAAGUCGCUUGGAGAAGCGUUGUAAAUUGUGUAUCGCAGUGAAUAUUUUUUAAUGAGAUACGGAACUAACGAGUGUUACAUAAUAUAACAAAGUCAAAUUCGAAUGUAAUAAGUAGAUAACAUGGUAAGCUAAGGAACUGUAUCGACGAAACUUAUUUGUACAUCGUAUAGCGUACGAAAAAC